UUCCUGUCAGUUCUCGGCUAGACCUCAGCGAGAGAAGUCCUGCGGUGCAGCCCGCUCUCGUGGAGUCAGCCUACUCUCUCCCAGCCUCUCCCUCCGCUCGCUCUCUGUUGCCCUUUUACCGCGAGAACUUGAGUUAAGUCUCGAGAGAGUCGCGUAGGUGUCCGUUCUUGGUUACUUUUGCCGUGUUGCAGCACCUAAGGAGCAGAGCUACUCUCGGCUUUCAGCCAAAGACAUUGCUCACACGGAAGACGCAGAACCGUUCGAGUUUGGCGCUUUCCGUUCCGCAGAGAGACACAGUCCUCGCCCUGUGCAAAUUCCACAAGUGCUUCCCUUCGCCUUGUAGGAGUGACUUGAGUGAGGCGCGGAGAGAGACACACGGGAGAGAUGGAGAACUUCAAAAACAUGUUCAACACCAUCGAGGAGCGGGUGGAGCCGCAGAACGCCCAGCUGACGGGUGAAUGGCCGGCGUGGCUCAAGGGGAACCUCAUCAGAGUCGGCCCCGGCAAAUUUGACUUCGGAGACUUCACGCUCAACCACUGGCUCGACGGAAUGGCCAUCAUGCACAAAUUCCAGAUCGACGGCGGCCAGGUUACCUUCCGGUCCAAGUACCUUCGAUCGGACGCGUACAAGAAGGCGUGCGUGGCCCAGCGCCCCGUGUACACAGAGUUCGGGACACACUGCUUCCCAGACCCCGGCAAGAACAUCUUCUCCAGGAUGUUCUCCCCAUUCGAAAUCACCGACAACGCCUCCAGCAGCGUGGUGUGCGUGCAAGACCAGGUGUUCGUGUCCUCCGAGACCUGCUACAUCAGGAGGAUCGACCCCGCCACCCUAGACACCAAGGAGAAGGUGGACCUCAACAAGCUAAUGGGCAUCCACUUCGCGUCCUCCCACCCAAUUACGGACAAUACCGGUACCACCUACAACCUGGGCUGCUCCUUCAUGUCAGGGCCCAAGUACCACAUGGUCCGCGUCCCACCGGCUGCCAACAACAAUCUGACAGGCUCCGAUCCCUUCAUCAACGCGCGCACCCUGGCCACAGUUUCAUCCAGCUGGAAGGCGUGUUACGGCUACUACCACAGCUUCUCCGUCAGCGAAAACUACCUGGUGUUCCUGGAGCAGCCGUUACUGGUCAACACACUCAAGCUGGCCACAUCACAGCUCAAGAGUCGUGCCCUCAAUGACUGCUUUGAGUGGCACCCGCAGGAGAAGGUCAAAUUCAUCGUGAUCCGCAAGGCAACGGGUGAGGUGGUCAAGACUCGCUACAUCAGCAAGGAGACGUUCUUCGUCUUCCACCACGUCAACGCCUACGAGGUGGACGACAAGCUAGUGGUGGACGUCAUCGCCUACGAGAGGCCGUCGGUCAUCGAUAAGUUCUACCUCAACAAGAUACGCCAGAACCAGUACAGCACCGAGGACCCCGCCAAGUUCAAGCGCUUCGUCCUGCCUAUGAUCAGCGACAGCGACCUCCAGAACGCCAAGGAGGGUGAGGAGCUGGCUGGUCUGCCCGGGUGCUCCGCGUCAGCAGUGAAGGCGAAGGGCCCAGGUGGCGUCUGCGUCUGCGUGGAGGGUGAGGUCAUUGGAGAGCCUGGCUUCGACAUGCCCAUCAUCAACAAACAGUUCAUCGGCCAACGCUACCAAUAUGUGUACGGCACUGGCGGCUAUGACCAAGGAAACUUCAAGAACUCCGUCUGCAAGAUGGACGUGGACUCUGGCGACAUGUGGGUCUGGCGCGGUACCGAGACCCAGUACGCAACGGAGCCCACCUUCGUUCCCCGCCCUGACGCUAUCGACGAGGACGAUGGCGUGCUGCUCAUGUCCGUCGGCGAUGUGGAGGACGGGGCACCAGACUUCCUGUUGCUGGUGGAUGCGAAGACAAUGCAGGAACUGGGUCGUGCCAAUAUCGAGGGCCCUCUCCCCUGCGGCAUCCACGGUGUCUUCAUCCCCGACAAGUACUGACGGAGGAGGCGACUUAGUGAGGCUGAGGAGGAUUAGUCUGGCCUCUCCUGCUGGUCUUCUAGUGCGACAUCACAUUAGGAAGGCAAUAGAGGAACAUCCGAGCCUCUCCUGCUAAUUCUGGGUGGUGUCGUCAUCUAUGGACCCAGAAAAGAACCAGCUUGGCUUCUUCUGCUGAUCCUCAAGAGCGACACCACACUAGGAAUGGAGAAGAGGAACACUCAGGCAUCUAUUAUGUUACGCUAUCAAGAAAGGCAAAAAGAAGACCCGCUUAGCUGCUUGUGUUGAUCCUCAAGUGUGACAUCAUAUUAGGGAGGCUGAGGAGGACUAUCUGGGCCUCUCCUGCACUUCUCUUCAUGUAUCAAGGCAGAGAAGGGGCAGGUCUAGCCAGUCCUCACACUACGCAACGGUUGUGCUUCGCUUGGCGUCAUAGUGGCAGUCAGUAGUGUGUCGUGUAGCGCUGGGAGGGCCGGACGCAAGGGCAAGUUAGUCUGUCUGGCCCUCGUCGCCGCCGCCUCAGGUGCUGGGACGGUGUUAAAAGCUGUGAUUCCUUUAGUAUUAGGAUGACUUGGGUGUGUUGUCCUCCUGUCUGGCCUUUUGUUUCCGUCCUUCGUCCUCCUGAACAUUCACUCUCACUCACCAUUUACCGUCAUCCGCAACUCUAAUUAGUCUGUUCUUGGUCUUUUCCGAUAGUGGACACCUGUUGUUAUUCCUGUUCUCAUGCCACACACCUUUCCUAAACUAUCUUCAUUAUUGUUCUUGUUUCUACACCUCUAUUUUUAUCUCUUUUCAUUGUUAUUUCCGUUCCCACACAUUCAUCCCAUUGCUCAUACCUCACACCUCAUUCUUAUUCUUGCUCCCAUCUUCUCUUCCUUUGCCCAUGUCUCACACCUCACAACUCCUCAUUAUGACUUACUCUCAACACCUUAUGAGAAUCUCCCAACAUGACAACACUACCCACAACCCUCCCUUCCCUCAUGCUCUGAUGGCUGCCUUUCUCUGCCCCCCCUCCCCCUUCCUUCUCCCCACCCGCUGGCCAGACAAGGGGACACGGACGCCUGGGUGCCUGGAGAGCCUUACAGGGACCGUCCACCUUCACCAGAAAAUCGCUUAUGAAUCAAGAUCGGUGAAUGCAUGGAAAUCGACCUUUUUCGCGUGGAACUGACGGAGAAACUGCGGGAGAACUCUAGAACUUCCUUAAUUAAGUGUCCUAGGAUGAGUGACGCGGAAAUGGAAGUGUGAAUAAAAACAUUACUGGACAUGAAUAUAAUCUUGUGCGUGGAGCCCCUUGGUGGAGGCGGUGUGUGGUGACGCGGCUCAGUGUGGAGACGCCCACCACCGAGGCCCGUGUGGACGCCUCUGCCCGGCACUUUGCAUCUUGGGUUCUCCUCACGCCGACACACAAUGGUUCAACCCACAAAAUUAGUCUCUUCAUUCGGAAAGUAUUGUAACUAUAUAAUACUUGUACAUAGAAUCAUUACUAGCCCUAGAAAGUAGUAAAAAUGUAUGUAAAUUUUUAGUGUCUUAUCUGUUCAAUGCUUUCUAGGCAGUCCAAAUCUUUCUAGACAUCUCCUUUUGUCUAAUAUUAGCCUGAGAACCAUUGCGUGUCGGCGUGCUGUGGUCAAGACGUGAGGUGCCCGCUACUCGUCCUAACGGCCUCGUUCACGCCUUCCCGGGGGCGCGGCGCCGCUGCUCCCGCCCGCAGCUUCCUUCGCCUUCAGCAGAUCGUGGAGGGUAGGCGAGUGGGCGGCGCCGCGACGUGAGGGCAUUGCAGGUGAGGGCCGCCGUCGCGCUGCCCGGCCAGUGGCAUUAGUGCGUGUGUGUGGCUUCAGUCAGCCCGGCCAGUCUGAUCGCCACCUGCCCGGCGAUGGCUGGGGCCAGCACCGCGCACCCAACAUCUGGUGAAGGUUUUGCUUAUCUCUCUUUUUAUUCUAUUAUUUAUACAUUCUCUUCAGUAUCUGUCUCUUCGUUGUAUUUAAAUAUUUUUUUAAUGCUGUAUUUUGUAUAUGAUGUAAAAGUUGUGACGAGCCUUUAGGUGUGACGCGUUGGAACACCCGCCCCGCCGCGCCCCGCCCCGCCGCGUGCGAGUCUCGGCGGGGCGGGGCGAGUGUUCCGACGUGCCGCGCCCCCCCACGCCCACACACCCACAUACCAUCUGGGCGUGCGGGCGUGGCGGGGCGCUGGAAGGGCAUUAGCAGGCCCCCUCCAGCCGGGCACACCCACCGGGGCCUCAGGGCGUCGGGGCGGCCUGUGGGGAGGGGAGCCAACGGUGAUCUGGACAUAAAAAGCUACAAUAUACUCAAUUCUUUAAAA